UCGAGCUCGGUUGCCACCUCUCACACGAAUUCAGCAUAAGUUCUCCCACCAAGUUUCACUGAAGAAGUCGUGGAAUAGCUGGAACAGGAAUGGAGCUUUCGGUAGCCCGGUUCAGCUGUGUACUGUUCAGCCUCCUCGCAGGUUUGGCCUCUGGUCUAGAGAUUAUUUCUACAGGGCCGACAUCCAUAGAGAAGGCCAGCGGUCAGAGUGUGAAGCUGGACUGCCAGUUCACUCUGGGCCCUGAGGAUUCUGGACCGCUGGACAUUGAGUGGAGCCUGUUGUCGUCUGACAACCAGAAAGAGGACAAAGUGGUGAUCCUGUACUCAGGUGACAGGGCCUACGAGAACUACUAUGAGCCCUUGAAGGGUCGAGUCCACUUCAACUCAGCUGACCCCAAGAACGGCGACGCCUCCAUCAACCUGACGGGACUGAAGUCGUCGGACUCGGGCACCUACCAGUGUAAGGUGAAGAAGGCUCCUGGGAUUCGCAGCAGGAAGAUGCUGCUGAUCGUCAUGGUGAAGCCAUCGAAGCCCAGGUGCUACACCGAAGGCCCCGCACAGGAAGGCAAAGACAUUGUGCUGAGGUGCAUGUCUAACGAGGGCACUAACCCUCUGCAAUACAGCUGGGAGAAGACCAGUGACAACAAGCUGCUGCCCGCCUCGGCUGUGUUGGAUCCUGUGGCAGGCACCAUUAACGUGAAGAACGCAUCUGCCAGUGCAUCUGGCACCUACCGCUGCACUUCCAGCAACCGAGUUGGCACUGAGGAGUGUAUACUGCAUCUGAACGUGACACCACCCCCCAACACUCCAGGCAUCAUCGCAGGAGCCAUAAUUGCUGUCCUCCUGAUCCUCAUCAUUAUUGCCAUCAUCCUCUUCUGCUGUUGCCGUGCCCGUCACAGGAAGAAGUAUGAGAAGGAAAUCUGCAAUGAGAUCAGAGAGGACGUGCCCCCUCCUAAGAGUCGUGUUUCAACGGCACGCAGCUUCACCGUGGGCAGCCAGCGUUCAUCCCUGGGCUCCAUGUCGCCUUCCAACCUGCACGAGUACGCCCUGAAGCCCCAGUACGACAAGAUUCCGUCAUCAGAGGAGUAUGAGAGGCCUCCGAGCCAGGCCCCUCUACCCCCGCCCAACGCUGGCAAGAUGGCCGGCCCCAACCUCAGCCGCAUGGGGGCCAUCCCCGUCAUGAUCCCUGCCCAGAACAGGGACGGCUCAAUUGUCUAGCCUGUCCUUUUCUUGAGAAGGGACCAUGCAACGAGGGGAGGGAAUGGAGGGAGGGAGUAGGACACAAGCCAAUGAAGAAGGAGCAAGAGCUGAGAUGGGCUGACUCGCUUGACUUUUAGCUCUUCAUUAUUUACAAGUGGGAGUUUACUCCUGUUAUGAAGACCUGGCUCUGCUGUGGUGCUGAGAAGAGAAAUUGAGUCGCGCAGGAAUCACAACAGAGCACAUUAACUUUUUAUCAAAUUAACAUACAAAAAAAAAAAAACAAUAAACUUUUAUGAAUUUUAC